AUGGCGCCAGAAGCAGCUUCCCGGCGGGGCGACGACACGCACAUGAAGCUGCUGUGCAGCCACGGCGGCCGCUUCCAGCCCUGUGGCCCCGACGGCGAGCCCCGGUACGUCGGCGGCGAGACGCGCGUCCUCGCCGUGCCGCGCGCGGUAUCCUUCCGAGACCUGGCGACGCGGCUGGCGGAGAUGGCCGGCGGAGGCUCGGCGGCGGAGGUGCGCGCCAUCAGCAUCAGGCACCGCCUCGCGGACGAGGGCCUCGAGGACAUCAUCGUGACGGUCACCUGCGACGAGGAGGUCGCGCACAUGCGCGACGAUUUCGACCGCCUGCGCGCCACGCGGCCGGCCGCGAGGUUCCGUGUCUUCGUCACCACCACCGCAUCCUCCUCCGCUGGUCCAAAGAGAGCGACGGCGGCCGGGCUCCCACCCCUGCCGCCGCCGUUGUCGAUGCGGCGCGUGCAGAGCGAGCAGGCGGUCCCCACGCGAGCGCAGCACCAGCACCGACCGGCGCGGCGCGUCCACAGCGCGCAGGAGCUCGCGGGAGGAGUCCACAUGCAGCCGUCCUCCAAUACCACCAUCGCCACCAGCACUGCUGCUGCUGCGGCUCAAGCCAGCGCCGUGACCGAUAUAAACAGUAAAGAUUAA